AUGUCGGCCACCAACGACGCCAGCGUCGACAUCUCGAUCCCCUACAGCACGCCGGGCACGCCGCACCCGCAGCACCAGCUAGGAUGGGUGGGUCUCGGCAACAUGGGCGCCAAGAUGGCCCUCAACCUGGCCAAGCACCUCUCCACCCUCAGCCCUCCGCUGCCCCCGCUGCUCGUCUACAACCGCACCGUGUCCAAGGCGCAGGAGCUCGAGAAGAGCAGCAACGGUCUCAUCCGCGCCGUCGGCAGCGCCGCCGAGAUCGGACAGAGGUGUGAGCUGAUCUUCACCAGCCUCAGCAACGACGCGGCCGCCGAGGAAGUCUUUGAGGAGCUGCUCAAGGGCGAGGAGAAGCGUGUCGGGCACUCGGCCCAGGAGAGGCUCUCCCGCGGCCUCAAGACCACGUUUAUCGAGACGAGCACCCUCUACCCGACUACCACCGGCGGCCUCGAGCGCAAGGUGUCGAGCUUGCCCAAGCGUCACUUUGUCGCCGCGCCAGCUUUCGGUCCGCCGCCGAUGGCUGCCGACGCCAAGCUCGUCUUUGCCGUCGCAGGACCCCACAACAGCAAGAAGCACGUCAGCCAGUUCUUGGUUCCUGCCAUGGGCCGAAAGAUCAUGGACUUUGGAUCUGACCCGGAGCGAGCGGCUUCGUUCAAGCUGAUUGGCAACAGCCUCAUCGUGUCGACGAUCGAGAUGCUCUCAGAGACCAUGACGCUGGCCGACAAGACGGGCGUGGGUGCCGAGCGCCUCUACGAGUUCCUCGAGGAGUUCUACCCGGCGCCCUCGGCGCUCGGGUACGGCAAGAAGAUCCUGACCAACAACUUUCACGGCGAGAACGGCUUCACCCUCAAUGGCGGCAUCAAGGAUGCGAGCCACAUUAUCAAGCUGGGCGAGUCGGUCGACUGCCCGCUGCCCAUCAUUGACCUGGCGCGCCAGCACAUGCUCUCAGCGCGGGCGAUUGGCGGCGAGGACCUCGACUGGUCGUCGCUCUCUGCGGGCUUCCGGGUGACGGCGGGCGUGCCUCCGUUUGAGCGCAAGGAGAUGCUCAAGAAGUGGUCCGAGGAGUCGAAGCAGUGA